AGAUGAGGCUUUUUGUUAUCUAGGCAACUACCUGCACUGCGAUUGUGAGAAGGGCAAAAAUGGAAAUAAUCCGAUCUCAGAGGAGGCCUUCCAAGGUCGACGAUGUCGUCUCAACACUCCCUCUCUACCGUUCAGCUCCUCCCCUGCAAGUCAGGCUAGAAGAUUUUGAACUUUUUGCCAUAGAUCGGCUUCGAGUUCUUAAAGGGAUUUCUGAUGGAUUAUCCCGAGGAAAGAAGCCUGAUGAAAUGGAAAAAUUGGUAAUCGAUCUAUGGAAGGCAAAUAUGAGGCAUCCACAGGCAUCUGAGUUUGUCAACAAGGAUAUAAUUUCCCACUUUGUUCUUAGGCUCGUUUAUUGUAGGACGGAAGACUUAAGGAAAUGGUUUCUUUCCAUGGAGACUGCCCUCUUUCGCCACCGAUUCCGUCUUGAAACUCCAGAAGCUCAGAGGGUGUUAUUGUCAGAAUUUGACCAUCCUUAUAAAGCAGUUAGCCAUGCCGAAUUUGAGAGUGUAAAGGAAAAAUUGGGCCAAGUUGCACGUUCCAUUGGGCAGUCUUUACCCAGUGCUGAUGCUAUAUACUUCAAGGUACCGUUUGAAGAAGUCCCUGAACUUGUAGCUGGCCGCAGAGUGUUUCUUCAGAAAGGGCAUGCGUAUGUUGCUAUGAAUCAGGUGGUUUCUCUUGUUGUCACACAAUUUCGCAGCCAUCUAUCUAAGGCACUUGUGCUGACAAACAGAAAAUGGACUUCUACCAUCAGAGAACAAGAGAAGGAGCGGCUGACUCCUAUUGUAGAAGCCUUAUCUACAAGCUAUUUGGGUCCAGACUAUUCUCAGCCAAGAGAAUUUGUAGAGAUAUCAAUAAAAGACAUAGAUCAAGUAGCUAACAGUUCAUUUCCUUUGUGCAUGCGUCACCUAUUUGAAAAGCUAAGGGAGGAUCAUCAUUUAAAGCAUGGAGGGAGGAUGCAAUUAGGUCUUUUUCUCAAGGGGGUUGGAUUGAAGUUGGAUGAUGCCCUUGCUUUCUGGAAAGCUGAGUUCUCCCAGAAGGUUGGUUCUGAAAGGUUUGACAAAGAAUAUGCUUACAGCAUACGCCAUAACUACGGAAAAGAAGGAAAGAGAACAGAUUACACACCUUAUUCUUGUCAAAAAAUUAUUUCAUCAACUCCUGGUGUAGGAGAUCAUCACGGUUGCCCUUAUCGACAUUUUAGUGAGGAGAAUUUAAGAGCUGCUCUUGGCAAGAUGGGUGUGGGCAAUCGUGCAAUGGAGGAUGUAAUGGACAAAGUCCGAAAUCGACAUUAUCAGUUGGCAUGCACCUUAACGUUUGAAGCUGUUCAUGGCACCUCCUGUGAUGCUGGAAUUAAUCAUCCAAACCAAUACUUCAGUGAUAGCCAAAAGAUCCUGCAUCCAAAAGUAGAUCCUGCUAGAUGAAUUUGCAAUCCGGUCCAGUAAUAGCUCUGACAAAGAAAACUGUUUGAUGCUAAACUGCAGGAGGAGAAGAUGAUAGCCAAAUCUCAGCCAUGAAAAGAUGCAUAAUCGCAGCAACAACAAAAUUGUAUAUCAAUCAAUCCCAUGACAUGUUACUGUCUUUGGUGGUGCUAUAUUAUCAACCAUAGUCACAGGAGUUCACUUAAUAACUGAGAAUACUUAAAUAAUUUUAGAUUAAUAAUUUAUUAUUUAGAUUUA